AUGGUAGUCUCUCAAAAAGACAUUGCUUAUGAGAUUUUUUAUUUUGAAAAUACAACCGAAUGGUCACCAACUAGUUAUACAUGCAAUAUUUAUCAUGGAAGAGAAGGAAUGUGGAAAACAAUGGAAAAUGACUUUAUAAGUGGUGGUAGGAAUAUGAAAUUCAACAUGCCGGUGUUUCACGAUGGAGUCGUUCAUUUCAUCUCGGAUUGCUCGGAUUACUUUACGAGAUUGAGUCCUUUUUAUAAGCCAUACAUAAUGUCUUAUAAUUUUGAGAAAGGAACUACAGCUAUUCUUAAAUUGCCAAGGGAAGCUAUAAGAGGUUUUCACAUCUGUAACAUGGGCAUAUUUAGUUGGGGUAAAGUGACAAAUUCCGCAUCAUUGAUAAUGUGUGAAUUCUUGCGAAAACUGGAAUACAAUCUCCUAAACUUCUUGACUAAAGUGAAUUUGGCAAUUCAUAUUGCCAAGACCCCUCAACAAACUGUAGAGAUUCACCAAUCGAGUCAUCAUCAAAUUAUCAGUUUUAUGAAAUUCACUUUGAUAUGUUACGUAGAACAUAUUGUAAAAGAAGCUUGA